AUGGAUUUAGCGAAUGGUCAGUAUACCCGUGGUUCUGGAAAACCGACCAUUGUCUUAGAAGCAGUAGCAUCUGAAGAUCUAUGGAUUUGGCACGCUUUCUUUGGACCUCCAGGUACUCUAAACGACCUUAAUGUUCUUGAUCGGUCUCCCGUAUUUGAUGAUGUUUUACAAGGGAAAGCUCCUAAGGUGAAUUACAUGGUCAACGGUCACCAAUAUCAUUUGGCGUACUACCUCACGGAUGGAAUUUAUCCCAGAUGGGCAACUUUUGCCAAAUCCAUUCCGCUUCCACAAGAUGAAAAAUCAAGGUGUUUUGCUAAACGUCAAGAAUCUGUCCGUAAAGAUGUUGAACGUGCUUUUGGAGUCCUCCAAGCGCGCUUUGCGAUCGUCAGAAAUCCAGCGCUUGUUUGGGAUAAAGAAAAAAUCGGAAAGAUUAUGCGGGCAUGCAUCAUAUUGCACAAUAUGAUAGUGGAAAACGAACGAGGAACCUAUACCCAGUUCAAUCUUGCAGAUUUUGAACAAGUCGACGCUAGCAGGACUUCACAUGUGGAUAGGACAUAUUCAACAUAUAUGCCUACAAAUAUUUUAAACUUGAUCGGGAACCGGAAAAAAGUUCGUGAUAAGGAAAUACAUCAACGUUUGAAAGACGAUCUGGUAGAACAUAUUUGGAACAAAUUUGGGAACUCCGAGGAUUAUGACUAA